AUUCAAUCAAUUAGUACAGCGGUCAUGACUCGAAGUACAGGCGCAAGGCUCUACCGGGCAUGUCUUCGUUGUCGACAACGGAAAACAAAAUGUGAUUUAAAAUAUACGGGAGGAGGAACCCAUACGCCAUGCUCAAAGUGCAACCUGGAAGGCCAUCAAUGCCUACCAGCCACUUCCCGAAGAGGAGGUGACUACUCUCGAUUUCGGGGUCGUCGUCGGGGAAACACCGAGACGCAGACCCCGAGGUCCACUGAGCAGAGUGAAACCAAGACAAAACUACAGCCGAAUACCUUGCAGGCGGAAACGGUGGGCGUGGACAGUAAUACCCUUUUCAGUGGGGGUGUCCGGAAUCCCUUAGAAGCUCUUCAAAUCCUUGCUCAGACAGCCGCCACUGCGGGGGGAGAUGACAGCAUACCUUCGCCCGAGAGGCCCUCUCCAAGAUCCGAUGACACAGGGCAUGAGGUGGUGAAGUCUGUGCCUCCUAAUCCUCAGAAUCAACCCAGGGCAUCCAUAAUGGCCACGGAGAUCGUCAAGGAGGGAGUAAUUGACGCACUCGACAUUGAACCCCUGGUACACUACAGUCUAUUAUACACGGAAGACCCCGAGCACCAAUGGGCUACCGAGACGUUUCUCCUUACCUCCGUCCUUACAAUAGCCACUCAGAACAGGCCGGAUCAGAAACAUCUUCACACCCGGAUCAGGGGGUAUAUCGAUAAACUAAUCCUCCGUGUCACCCUUGGUGCUCGGAGCGUGCGACAUGUAGGAACUGUUGAAGGCUUGCUACUUUUAGCUGAGUGGAUGCCUCAUCUAAUGCUUUCCCAGGAUCAGCCCUACAGCAAUAACUCUGAGCAGAGCAAUGCAUAUGACGAAGACUGCGUAGCAUGGAACCUGAUAGGUCUUGCAGUCAGACAGGCAUAUUUAUUACAUUUAGACACACAAUCCUUUCCUUUCGAGGUGGAAUCCGAGCCACUUAGUAUGCGCUGUCGGAGACGACUGGCGUGGAUAUUUACUUAUCUUGCCGACCGGCAAAUAUCAAUCCAAAUGGGACAAGCAUUCUGGUCCCGCGGACCUAGUCUGUCGACCCGAUUCAGCAGCCAAGAUUACCCAUCACUCCAACCGGAGAUUACUGGCGGAACGGAUUACGCCUCCUUUGUCCAGGCCCAAGUAGACCUAACAACUAUCUUCGGAAACACCCACGACAUUCUGUACGCAUUAAAGUCGCGCACACUACAGAUAAUGCUCGUUGGCGACUACCCCAAAUACCUCGACGAUUCCGCCAAAGCAAUGGAGAUGUGGAAGGGAACCUGGUCAAAUGUCGACAUUCCCCCGUCUCUGCGCUGUCUCCUCACCCUACAAUUCCAGUACUUACAACUAUACGUCAACGCAUUCGCAUUCCAGGCGGUUUUAUAUCGCUCUUCUAAAACCACAAACACGAGCCAUGAAGACAACGCAACUUUAUUCCCAGACGGCGUCAUGGCCAGUGCCGAUGCUCGCCACAUCUACGCAGCCAUCAACGCAGCCAGAGAUUUACUUCAAACAUUCGUGGAAGAGAUAACCCCAUCCGACAUUGUGAAGUUCCUCCCCGUUCGCUAUUACCUUUGAGCCUUCUUCUGAACCUUGGUACUUCUUUACAAUAGACAAAGACUAACAAUCCAGCUACGAAAUCUACGCCUCCGUCUUCCUCUUCAAAGCUUACUCCGUUGGAGCCAUCCCUCCCAACGAAUCCCAAACAUACUUUAACUAACCCAACAAUUCAUUUCCAUGCUCAAAGGCGCCGCUACAAGCCAAAC